AUGAAGUUCAGCAUUGCCGUUCUCUCCGCCGCCAUGGCCUCGGCCAGCGUCAUACACGGCCGCAGCGCCGCCACCGAUGUGGUAGACGGCAUCCACAAUACCAUCUACGCCUUCAAGAAGGAAAUCGAUGGCUUCGUUUCCAUCGACGACCUCGACGCCAUCUUCCAAAACUUCGCCGGGGACAUAAGCGCCGGGGCCAAGAAGCUCGCCGGCCUGGCCGUCGACGUCAGCGACCAGAUGAGUCUCGUCCAGCUUUCCAAGCUCUACCCGGCCAUCGGCACGACGAUUCAGUUCGCCAUAGAGGGCAACAAGGUCAUCAAGUGCCGCAAGGUCCACAAGUCGCUCGACAAGACAAAGGACGUCUUUUCCCAACUCUCCGACGUCAUCCACGACAAGGUGGCCGAGGAAACCCGUGAAGACGUCGCGUCGCAUGCCGCUCAGAUGGACAAGAUCCUGAAUGGCAUUUUGAACGACUGUGCUGACCCCCGACGCAAGACGGUGCCGGCCCUCUGCUCUCGCUCGUGCCGUCUCGGAGCGGCGCCCACGUGCCGCGGCCCAUGGCUGACGUCGACGGACCCUUCGCACCCGUGCUUCCCCCGAAAAAGCCCAGUUCUCUCGACGCACGCUUCUCCCACCUGCGAUGCCUUGGAAGCGUUCUGCCCGUGCAUGACAAAGGGUCUGCCGAUGGCCUGGGAAUGCCGCGUCAAGGCUCCCGGCCAAUGCGCCAACCGAGCGACCGAGUACCCGCGACUUGCCCCGUCGUCUCUCUCGUCAGCCGAGCUGGCAUCGCGGCAUCGAGCCAAGGCGGCGGCCGAUGCCACUCGGCCCAACGACCCGCGGUCCUCCAAUCGAUCGCCGUGCGUCGGAUGCUCGGUGCAAGUGCCGUUCAAAGGGAACGGAAGGAUGCCAUGUCCAACCAUCGGGCUCCUGCGAGUUUUUGCCGUCGGCCACGAUAACCCCGCCCAUGGUGCGGCAGCAGAGCACCUUCGGCGUAUCGACACCCCGGGCUUCGGCGCACUUGUCGAUGUGCUCGCAGCACGCCUGUCGCCACAUGCUCACGGUACAGUGCUCGUACGCCGCUCGCAUGGCCGUGCCUACGUGCCGGCGCUCCGUACAAAUAACCGUCCGUCGAAGCAUCCGGCAUCGCGUCGGGCAAAGGCAAAAGAUCCCAUCCAAGAUUCGCACGCCAUCCCUCCCGCAACCCUAUCCUCGUCCGUCAUGAGGCUCAACGUCGCCCUUCUCUUCGCCGCCGUGGCCUCGGCCAGCGUCGUCCAUCGUCGCAGCACCACGACGGACACCGUAAACGACAUCCACAACGCCAUUGGCGUCGUCGGCACGCACAUCGACAAGGACGCUCUUUCGAACCACGACCUGGUCGAAAUCUUCAAGAACUUCCUCGACGACGUGGCCGCCAGCACCGCCAAGCUUUCGCAGCUGACGGCCGUCGACGCCGACGACCAAAAAAGUCUCCUCAAGCUUGCCGAAUACUUCGAGGCCAUCGGCACCAGAUUCAAGAUUGCCCUCGAGGAUCGACGGAACGACAUCGAAAAGGCCAACGCCUGCUACACCGUCACCUUGUCGCUCGAGCAUACGCAGACUGCCUUCUCCGCCCUCGGCGCCGCCAUCAUCGGCAAGGUGCCGGCCGAGAGCCACGAGCUGAUCAAGUCGCAAAUCGCCGACUUCACAGGCAUCCUGGACAGGAUCUUGGACGGCUGUCACGACGUUGGCUACGAGUAG